AUGGCCCAAUACCUUUUCAGUGCGCGGACUAUCGACUCGCCAGACCAUGAUGAGGAAUGCGUGCCUGUAUUCACCUCACUGGGAAUGAUAGUGCUGGACGAAAUCCGAUUUCCUGGCAAGGCACCGAUGUUCAAUGUCAUCGGCGGCUCCGGGGCUUAUGCUACAUUGGGAGCUCGCUUGUUCAGUAGUGGCGCCUAUUCCAAGGGAAUUGGCUGCCUGGUUCUGGCCGGCAAAGACUUUCCUCAAACCGCCGAAGAUACUCUUCGUAAUUGGGCACUGUCACUUACCUUCAAAAGAAACCGUACAAGCUUAUCGACGAGAGGUCUUUUGGAGUAUGAAGAUACGACUUUCGGGCCGAAGAAGUUUAGAUAUACAACAGAACCAUUGAAAGCUACGCCGAAGCAUCUGCAAGAUGAACCCCGGUUGCUGCACUCCAAAUCGUUUCACUUACUGGCCUCGACCGCAGAAGUUGAACAGCAGGUACCAGAGCUCAUGUCUUUGCGCAGAGAACGAGGGAUAACAGAACGACCGUACAUCAUAUGGGAGCCAAUCCCCGGUACAUGUAAGCCUGAGAAUCGCCAGGCGUUUUUGGAUGCCUGCAAGUUGGUGGACGUGUUCUCACCCAACGACCUCGAAAUAACUGCCUUAUUCACGCCCGAGCCUCCGAAGAGCUUUAGACCAGCAGAAUUGCAGUCAUACGCACAAACUUUCUUGGAGGCCUCCAUUGGACACUCCGGACAAGGAUGUAUCGUCAUCAGGGCAGGUGAGUAUGGUUGUCUUACUAUGUCCCGCUCGGAAUCUGCGGUCUGGCUGCCCCCAUUUUACGAGCUGAAUGCCCCUCAAGUGAUUGAUCCCACCGGUGCAGGAAAUGCCUUUCUUGGUGGCUUUGCAUUUGGGCUCCAACGGACAAAGACCCUGGCUGAAGCAGCGGCGUACGGCAACGUAGCAGCGACAUUUGCACUGGAGCAGAUUGGCUUGCCACGACGGGAAUCCAACGGCAACGAGGAGACUUGGAAUGACUAUACAACCAUCACACGAUUAGAUGAAUACAAGUCCCGGUUGGAAGAGAGGAAGUUGUAG